UCCAAAUGUACAAACCCUAAUACUGGUGCCGGGAAUAUACUUCUCUCUCCUCGCUUGGGGCUUAGGGUUUAUGGUCGUGAGGAGGAGCGAUAUUUUGCUAAGAUGAUCGCCGACUCGGGAGGGGGAUCGCGCAGUGCUGCCUCUCUCGCUGCUUGGAGGGAGUUUCUAUGGGGAGGCCUGGCGUGCGGCUUCGGCGAGACGAUCAUGCAUCCCGUGGACACGAUCAAGACGCGGCUCCAGAGCGGCUUCGGCCAGAAUGCGAAUCUUGUCCAGGUUUCCAAGACCAUCGGCGCUAGGGACGGCAUCCGAGGAUUCUAUCGGGGAGUCUUUCCGGGUGUCACUGGAUCGUUCGUAACGGGCGCCACAUAUUUCGGUUUCAUCGAGACCACGAAGGACUUGCUACAAGAGAAGAGGCCAAACUUACCAACACCAUGGGCACUGUUCUUCGCUGGCGCAGCUGGAGAUGCUCUUGGCGCGGUGGUCUACGUCCCGUGCGAAGUUAUCAAGCAGCGAAUGCAGGUCCAAGGCUCUCGAAAGGCGUGGGAGACUGCGAAGCAGCAGCAGAUAAAAGCUCCAGUCUUCCAGUACUACUCGGGGAUGUUUCAUGCGGCGAGAGCGAUCCACGCGCAGGAAGGAACUCGCGGCCUUUACGCUGGCCUUCUCUCCACCAUUGUGCGUGACAUUCCUUUUGCAGGCUUGCAGAUCGUUCUCUAUGAAGCAUUCAGGAAGACAGCCUUGAAAGUUGCCAACGGUGAUCUUUCGUGCUCGCAGGACUUUUUGCUCGGCGGAGCGGCCGGAGGAUUCAGUGCGUUCCUGACGACUCCUUUCGACGUUGUCAAGACUCGGAUGCAAGUCCAAAGUACAUCGGCAAGGUACACUGGCUGGCUCGAUGCGAUCACCAAGAUAAAGGAACAAGAAGGAAUCAGGGGACUGUUCAAAGGAGCUGGGCCGAGAGUGAUGUGGUGGUGUCCGGCCUCGGCACUGACGUUCAUGGCCGUGGAGAAACUCCGGAGAGAGUUUAACGACCAAGGCGGGCUCCAGAUCUUAUCGCAGGCCGCGUAGGCGAUUCUAGGAUCAACGAUUCGACCGAGAAAACGGUGAAUUUUUUUUGGGCUCUCACCAUCGACAAUUGGAUCGAGGCUCGAUCGCAAACUCAGCUUUCUAGUUUGUUUUUCCAGCAGCUCGGAUCUUGUUAGAAGAGACAUUUGAAUUGCGACGAAAGAGAAGCAUCCAGAUUAUAGAACCACCUGGAAAGAAAGGAGUGAAUUCAAGAAAUCGAGCUAAGUGAUGUUAGCAGUA